CGAUGCCGCGAUGGAGAAAGGUAUGGGAUUACCUGGCCUAGCUCUUGCACAUUCCCUCCCAUGUCAUGGCUGUGGUGCCGGCGGCUCGCAAUUCGCCGUUUUUCUCGAGAGAAAGGAGAGGCUAUGGCGCUUCCAGCACCAGCGACGAAGGAAUGCACGGAAGGACUUUCACAAAAACAAGCAGCAGUGGCUCAGAGGAUCAAAAAAUUCUCAGCUGGAACAAGAUCAAACAAGAGGAGGACAAGAGGAAAAAGGAGAUGGUGCUGGAGCUCAUUGCUGCAUUGAAGGCGGCGAGCGGCUCAAGAGCGAUCGAGAGGGGAAGGCAGCUCCAUGCCGCAGCGAUUGAGAGUGGCAACGGUUCCAACUUCUACGUUGCGAGCUCUCUCGUGAGCAUGUACGCGAGAUGUGGCUGCAUGGGCGAGGCUCGCUCGGUGUUUGAUGCCAUGGAGCACCACGAUGUGGUUCUCUGGACAGCGCUCAUGCUCGGCUACUCCAAGAACGGCCAGGGAGAAGCGACUUUGGAGCUCUUCUCGCGGAUGCUGCUCGUCGCAAGGCCGAAUUCUCUAACGUUUCUGGCUGUGCUCAAGGGCCUUUCGAGCUUGGCUGCAAGGGAGGAAGGCAGGAGAUUCGGUGGAAAGGUGGUGAAGACAAGGACUCUGGAAAGAGUCAUGGCUGUCCACUUGCAAGCCGAGGGAUUUGGAUGCGAGCUGGAUAACUUUGUGGCGAGCUCGCUGGUGGACAUUUAUGCCAGGUGUGGGAGCAUGAGGGAUGCUCGCAGAGUUUUCGAUCGAAUGCCGAGCCACAACUUGGUGGUCUGGACGGCAUUGAUCCUGGGCUAUGCUACGAACGGGGAGAAUGAGGUUGGCCUCAGGCUCUUCGCUCGGAUGCUUGGCGAAGAAGAAGGACGCAGGACAGAUUCGCAUGCUUUUGUUGCUGCGCUCAAAGCUUGCACGGGGCUGACGGACAGAGAGGUGGCAAACGACUCAGGUGUAAAGAUCCAGUGCUUGGAGAAAGUCAUGGCUGUGCAUCGUGAAGCUGCCAAGAGUGGAGUUGCAACGGAGAUGUUCGUGGGAAGUGUCCUGGUGGAUACAUACGCGAAGUGCGGAAGCAUGGAGGACUCCCGCAUCGUGUUUGAGAAGAUGGUGGCUCAGGACGUGGUCUCGUGGACCGCUCUCCUGUUUGGCUACGCACAGAAUGGCGAGAGCGAGCUGACCCUUCGGAUGUUUGAGAGAAUCAUUGAAGAGGACGGCAAAGUUCUCAAGGUGAAAGCUCUGGAGAAAGGCAUGGCUGUUCAUCGGGAAGCUUUCAAAGCCGGGUUUGAGCCGGACAUCUGUGUGAGCAGCACGCUGGUGGAUAUGUACUCCAAGUGCGGCAGCGUCCUCCAGGCUCGCCGGGUGUUUGACAGGAUGAAGCGCCACGAUGUGGUGUCAUGGACAGCGCUCAUACUCGGCUGUGCUCAAAACGACGAGGGAGAUAUGGCACUGGAGCUCUUCACAAAGAUGAGGCUUGAAGAGAAACGUUGCCAGCCCGACGAUCAGACGUUCGUUGCCGUGCUGAAGGCCUGCUCCACAGUUGCAUCGCUCGAGUUUGGAAAGAAGAUCCAUGCAGAUAUAUGCCGGUGUGGACUCGAGGCUGGCAGGCUUGUCACGAACUCGGUGGUGGAUUUCUACGGCAAGUGCGGGAGCAUGGUCGUGGCUCACCAGGUUUUCGAUUCCGCUAGAACAAGAGCCCGGGAUAUAAUCUCGUGGAACUCGCUCAUCACAGGCUACAGCCGCCACGGUGAAACCGACGCCGUCCUCGAGCUCUUUGCAAGGAUGGUGGAAGAAGGCUUCCAACCGGAUGGCAUCACCACACUGGCGGUCUUGAACGCGUGCUGCCAUGCCGGGCUGGUUGAAAGAGGGAGGAAGCUCUUCCAGGAGCUGUGCUCCCGGAAGGCUGCAAGCGUGACUAUGGAGCACUACCACGUCAUGGUGGACAUGCUAGGCCGGGCAAACAAACUCCAGGAGGCGGUGGAGAUGGCGGACUCGAUGCCUUUCGCAGCGAAUGUGGUGACAUGGACCAUCGUGCUGAGCUCGUGUCACAAGUGGAAGAGCUUGGAAUUUGGAAGGCUGGCGUUUGAGGCACUGGUGAAGCUGGAUGAGAAGCAGGCUGCUACUUACGUUCUCAUGGCCAACAUCUAUGGAAGCUUGGGCAUGGUUGAGGAGAAAGCUAGAGUUCAUGCGAUGAGCAGGAAGAUUGGCGCGUGGAAGAAGCCCGGAUCAAAGCUAUCCAGUGGUCAAAUCAGUCUCGAUUCGUUUGUCAAUUGUGGUGAUCAUCCUCAAAAGGAAGAUUCCCAGGAAAAAACUUAUGACUGACAGACUUGUAAAUUAAAAAGUCCCUGGCAACUGGCCAUUUUGUGACA